AUCAUAAUGAAUUGCUUUAGCAUUUCAAUUUAGUUAGUAUGUUUUGAUAGGCCGAAAACACUAGUUGUUGUACGUAAUACGCCCAAGUUUCUUGUAUAUAAAUGAAUUAAUUUACAUAAAUCAACUGCUAAAUAACAAUGUAUAAAAUAAAUAAGUAGUUGUUAGUGUAGUUCCGGUGGGUAAACAAGUGUUUUGCGGUUAUAUUGAGAGAAUCUGUGUCGAUGUUUUGGGACCAUGUUUACCGUAAUAGGCAUAUCAUGCAAGAGUUUGAAGACCUAGAGGUACACAAAACAAGUGUAUCUGUGUUCGUGGCCCUAUUUUAUUUAGAAAUGCUAUAUAUUUUGAUCAUGACGUUAUCUAUUUUAAAUAGAUUAAAUCAAAACUUACCGUCGUAAACUUAUUUACAUAAGCCUUCCAUAUUUAAGUGCUCAAGAUGAUGUAUGAAGACCCUGUGGACAGCCUGUACCUAACUCAUUAUGAUGAAACCUUUAUCGUUAGUAACAGUAAUGUACCAUCACACCAUACUGAUGGAAUCCGCUUUCUCUUCAAACAAUUUAAAACGAAAAAGCCUGGUGUGAUAAUUAACGAUCCAUAUGGGUACGGGCGUAAUAUCCAGACGAUACUGUUCCUGAAGGCCAUCCGCCGGCUGCUCACCAAGCCCGUGCUCAUCAUCUGCGAGGAGGGCAACGAGUUCGAAUGGGUCGAGCGGUUUGAUACUUGGACCGAUAUGUACCAUGAAGUAACAAUAGAAACACACUACCCUAGCACCAGGAAGAUGAUAAUGAUUAACACUAUGAUCAACCUGCCGAAUUUCUGCAAGCACGACUGGAGCGUGCUUAUCGUAGACGGACAGAAGGAUAAGGCUGUCUACCAGAUACUAAAACUACCUUUCAAGGCAGACUUUAAGAUAUGGAACACGCCGCUUAAUAUGAGAGAGAACCUUAAAGUAUUCGGGGAGCUGUUCAAAUGGCUGUACCCUAAGGAACAGUUUGACGAGUCGUACUUCGUGCCGGACCACACGAACACGCUCGACGUGUACGAGAAGAUGAUCCUGCUCGACUCCUUCAUGGAGGAUAUCGUUAUAAGGAGAGAUGAUUUAACACGAUCUUUUGAUAAAUACCAAAGAGAAAACCUAAUGCCACCACCAAAGGCUCCACCGAAAGUACCUCCAGUUCCAUCUAAGAAAAACAAAGACGCGACGGGAACCAAGAUCAAGCGAUCGAAGGGGAGAGCGGCAGAGCUAGCGAAGGAAGACAGUGACCAGGCAAAGGUGGUCCCUCAUACUGCGGUCACAGAAGAGGCAGGGGGGUCAUCUAGCGGUGGUUUAUAUGAUAGCAAAGAUGACUACAGCAUACAAAACUUCAAGCGCAACUACGACGGCGAUUUCCUUAACUCAGAAAUAGAAUCACAGUUCAAAACUAUUGAUAUUAACCCUUCAGAAAACAGUGAACUGAAACUGUAUUAUGAGUCAGACCCCAUUCCGCCAAAUGUUGAUGAAAUCAACCACAGAGCGUUCGGAAGCUCCGCCUUCGAUAGCCCAUCAGGUUUGCUAAGAAAAAGGGGUUCUAACAUACCUUUUACUUAUUCCGAAGAUAAUUUAUCAGAAUCGGACGAUGAGGUCUUCAUACAUAAGCAGAAAAGCGCUGACAUUUAUAACGAUUUUGUACUAGAGGGCACCAGUAGUAACAGUAAAAGUUCACCUUCUGACGAUCAAAUAGCAGCUGAGACUCCGUUGCCAAACGAUGACGAAACCUAUAUAGAUAAUAAAACUGUGACAGCUGAGUGUGAUAGUUUAAGUUUAAUACCAAAUAAUGGAAGCAUGAAUCUCAAUUUGUCUGAAAAUUUGGAUGAUGUUCAGCCAGAAAUAAGUCAAGAAAAUGAAAAAGCGAAUCAAAGCGAACGUCUGCAGGAUAUCGGGGCUGCGAGUAUCAAACAAGUCACAAAUAAUUUAAAACGCAACAACAUCGAUGAUAAAAUCAAAGAAUGUGAAGCCAAAGUUGCAAAGAAAUUUAAGGGAUCCUUUUUAGAUAGUUUAUUUUAAAUGAACGUGUCAGAUGUUAGAUCGUGAAACUGUUUUUAUGAGCCUUACGUUAUACGUACAGUUGAAAGCACAACAGUGGGGUCUUUCAAAAGAACAUUUUGAAAAAGCUUGUAGAUUUAAAUUGGAAAUUUGUUACCACUGUCAUCUAGUUGACUGUGACUGCGCUAUUCUGUUUGCUGUGAUCGUGUUGCUCUCAAAUAUGAUCACGUGUUUCAAUUACAUGUAUAGCCUUACGCAAUACGGGGUCGCAUGACCACGAUAUCGCGCCGGAUCCACCGCACACCGUGGGAAGCCUGUUUCAAAAGACGUACGCAUAAAAUAUCAGUUACUCUAAAAACUAAUCAUGGGGUUGAAUUUAGCUGUGAUGCUUAUUGAACAUAAUAGAACUGGAAAACAGAAACAUAAUCUUUGAAUAUCCCGUAAACAAGUAACAUUCGUGCAAGCGUCAACGAUAAUAGAAAUUGCUGAAAUGUUGGCUCAUAUUUUGGAUAAGUCACGUGACAACUUUUUAUACACGAAUCUGAGCGAUUUGAUCAGCGUUUUCGCUAGAAGGCUGUCACUUGUUUACGAUUGUAUAAAACUGGCUUGGUCCCGAUUCGCUUCAAUAUCAAUUUUGACUUAUCCCUACUUCGGGCCGGUUUUUUAAUCGCCAGAUAACAUUUCUGAAACGAAUAUGUUUGACAAACGUUUGGAAAUACGAUAAACAUUUCUCAGAUGAACUGAUGAUUGAAAAGUCGGCCCUUUACAGAUACAUUAGAGCAAUUCGACUUGCAUUAGCACUGGAAUUAAAGCAAGUUGUCUAAGGGCCGUGUUUCUUGUCUAUAGUAGACUGUUAGCACAAACACCUAGUCAUUUCCUGAGCCCUGAUAUUUGCCUUCACAUUUAACAUUAGAAUCAUUUAUACUGCAAAAUGAUCAAAGCUCGGUAUUACAAGGAAUUAUUAACGGUCUAGGAAACAGCAACGAAUUUGAAAAAAUCAUGGCAGGUAUUUUGGAGUCUGGUCAUACCGGGUGACUUGUAAAUCAUUAUAUAGUAAAAAUUUAAAGAAUAGUUAAGAGUUGCAAGGAAUGAGUCCAUCAACCGCCAAUUGGACCAAAAGCGAAAGAGACCAAUUGCAAAUUUUAUAAACCUGGUCCCACCAAAGGAUGCCAAUAAGAUUCUGAAUGAAACUGAAAGCGAGGUCGAAAAUAGUCUUCGACACAAACCGUUAUAUAAUCCUACUAAUAUUAUAAAUGCGAAAGUGUGUAUGGAUGUAAGUUCAUCUUUCACGCAAAAUACACUGCGCGCAUUUAGAGGGAAUUUGUUACGCAGACAGUUUAUAACCAAGAUAAACAGACUAGAUAAGUUUUAAACCCAUUUGAUGUUCCCGUGGGAUCAUUUUUGAUUUGUAGCGGGCGGGCCCGCGGGCUACAGCUAAUCUAUAAGAAAGUAUCAUUUACCAGUCACCCUGUAUAGACCAGACAAAGACGUCAGUAAGACUGUUUACUUGGGUCGCUUCCACUUGGGAGGCCAUUACGCAUCGUUCUUCAGAGGCUCUCUACUUCUCUGAAAUAAACGUUUAAAUGUAGUUUCUAUGUUGUAGUGUCUUGAUUACCACGUCAAAGCUGUGAUGCGAACCAAGUGCGAGUAAAGAACUGUUUUAUGAGAUGUAGGAUGUUUGAACCUCCGGUAUCUGGAUGGCUGGUCAAUUUGAUGUUGUCAAAUAAAAUGAUAAGACCAUUAAACGGGAUAAUGGUCAGGGAUGAUGACAACUUUUUUUUCAGUGACCUUCUUGUAUUCAAAUACAUAAUAAUAGAGGCGUAUUUUUAAUUUGUCCAUGAAUUGAUCAAAUUACAGUGAAUAUGACUUAAGC